AUGGCUAUAGGUCUUAAAAAUUUGAGUACAAAUAAAUGUAUUAGAUAUUAUGCAAAGGAAGCUACAAUUAAUAAUGAGAAAUCAGAAUUUAUUAAACUAACACGUUGGAAGGAUAACGAUAUUUUUGGGUGUGGAUUAGUUUAUCCACCAACUAAUAAAUUAAAUGAAGAAUUUCCUUAUGUGUUCUUUACACAAAAUGGGAAACAAAUUGGUAGAGGUGUUUUAUUAAAGGACAAUUCUGAUGAAUAUAAACCAGAAGUUUUUCUUAAAUGUUGUUCUGUAGAAACAAAUUUUGGAAUAAUUUGGAGACCAAACCUUUUAAAUAUGAUAUUUCAAAACAUGUAA